UAAAUAAACAAACUAAAUCGUCUCUCUUCCUUCUCCUUCCCUCUCAUUGAUUCGGGGCGGCGGUUCUUUAACGAAUCCCAUUAUGCAGUCCAACGGCGGCAGCGGCUCCUCCGGCUCGGAGCCAUCGUCUCAGGAGCAGCGGCAGCAGAGACAGCCUCCACCUCCGCCACCCCAGCAGCAGCAGCCUUGGAUGGCAAUGCAGUAUCCGGCGGCGCCGGCGGCAAUGGUCGUGCCCCACCCCCACCACCAUCCCCAUCACAUGGUCCCCGCCCAGCACUAUGCGCCCCACCACUACAUGGCUUACGCCCAGUACCAGGUGGCGGCGCCCCUGCCUCCCCAACAGCAGCAGCAGCAGAGGCCCCACCACGGCCAGCAGCAGCCCCAGGGUGGCGGCGAAGAGAACAGGUCGAUUUGGGUCGGUGACUUGCACCAUUGGAUGGACGAGAACUACCUCCACACCUGCUUUGCCUCCACCGGCGAGAUUGCGUCUAUCAAGGUAAUUCGCAACAAGCAGACUGGUCUGUCCGAGGGCUACGGGUUCGUGGAAUUCUUCUCACAUGCUACAGCCGAGAAAGUACUGCAGAACUAUUCAGGCAUUCUGAUGCCUAAUACUGAACAGCCCUUCCGCCUCAACUGGGCAACCUUCAGCACUGGCGACAAGCGCUCUGAUAAUGGCUCAGACUUAUCUAUCUUCGUAGGCGACUUAGCUGCAGAUGUUACGGACAGCUUGUUACACGAGACGUUUGCCAGUAAAUACCCAUCUGUUAAGGCCGCAAAAGUUGUAUUUGAUGUUAAUACAGGUCGUUCGAAAGGGUACGGGUUUGUGAGGUUUGGGGAUGACAACGAGAGGACUCAGGCGAUGACUGAGAUGAAUGGUGUGUAUUGCUCGAGCAGGCCCAUGCGUAUUGGAGCCGCAACUCCAAGGAAAUCAUCUGGCUAUCAACAACAGCACUCUUCGCAAGGUGGAUAUUCAUCAAAUGGUCCUUCAGCUCAAUCUGACGGAGAUUCUACAAACACUACAAUAUUUGUUGGAGGCCUUGAUCCAAAUGUUAGUGACGAGGAUCUCAGGCAGCCUUUCUCUCAGUAUGGGGAGAUAGUCUCGGUCAAGAUACCAACUGGGAAGGGAUGCGGGUUUGUACAAUUCGCCAAUAGGAAUAAUGCUGAGGAGGCAUUGCAAAAGUUGAACGGGACAACAAUUGGCAAGCAAACAGUGCGCCUCUCCUGGGGUCGUAAUCCAGCAAAUAAGCAGUUCCGAGCAGAUUUUGGUAACCAAUGGGGCGGCCCAGUCUACUAUGGAGGGCAAACAUAUGAUGGAUACGGGUACCCUCUACCUCCACCGUACAACCCAACCAUAUAUGCAGCAGCAUAUGGAGCUUACCCUGUUUAUGGAAGCCACCAGCAGCAAGUGAGCUGAUGAGCUUGGGGAGCUACAGGGAAGUGUGUAACCGUACCGCUUGCAAACCUCACCACGAUCUGUCAUGCUAAGACUGAGCGGCGUAUUUAUCACUGUAGUAGCACGCACCUAGUAGCCAGCGGCAAUAGCAGUAGCAGUAUUUCACUGGGUCUGUAGUGGGAAUAUAUAAUCCACUCGUAACGGGGGGGUGGAACUGAAUUUUGAUGAUGAUGACUAGCAAUCAGUUGGUAGUUCGUUCUCUAGGGGAGAUUCGUUUGAAAUGUUCAUUCCCGAAUUUCGGGCAAAACUCAUAAUACUUUCAUUCGUUGGAAAUGGGUGGUCGAGACUGCUGGGGUGGAUUCGGAAUAAGACGUGAUGAGUUUGUGACGGGGCAUGCACUUGAGGAGCUCGAAGAGCUAUUCGCUUGCUUUGCAUUUGAACUUUUCCCUUUUUGGAGCUUCAAUGUUUUUCAUCUUUUAAGAUUCCUAAGAUAGGAAUAGAAUUUUUCUUCCUCGUAGCAUGCAGUAGAAAGAGAUGGAACCUUACGAUUUGUUGGAAGGAUAAAUAGGAAAUAUUAUCGAUCUAAUGACCGUUUUCAUUCA